UGUUGUUUUACCGCCAAAAAUACAUGCUUUUCUACUCUAUGCAUGGUAUAGUACAUGGGAAAACUUUGGCUACACAGAAUUGGUUAGUCAGUUGGUGGUUGUAGUGUCAUUGUUUAAAGUCAGCGUAGAGUUCAAAUUGCUUUAAAUCCUUUUAAUUUUGAGAAAAUGGCUAAAGUCCAGCUGUGUAACGUGGUUGUACUGGAUAAUCCAUCACCGUUUCUCAAUCCUUUCCAGUUUGAAAUAACCUUCGAAUGUAUAGAGGAAUUGAAGGAAGAUUUAGAGUGGAAGAUGAUCUAUGUAGGUUCUGCAGAAAGUGAGGAGCAUGAUCAGAUUUUGGACACAAUAUAUGUUGGACCAAUUCCUGAGGGGAAGCAUAAGUUUGUCUUUCAGGCAGACCCUCCAGAUGAGCAGAAAAUUCCUGUUGUUGAUGCACUUGGAGUGACGGUGGUACUCCUUACAUGUUCCUAUAGACGGCAAGAAUUUGUGCGUGUUGGAUACUUUAUUAACAAUGACUACACAGAACCAGAGGUCAAAGAAAAUCCUCCAGCACAACCACAAUUUGAUAAGGUUUUCCGCAAUAUUCUGGCUUCAGAACCCAGAGUGACCAGGUUCAAAAUUAACUGGGAUGAUACAGACACGAUGCAUCAGUCAACAGAUGACACUACACAUAAUAUAGAAGAAGAACUUGUUUCUUCUAACGGUGCAGUGGGCUUCAGUGAAAAUAGUAGUCAUAGUGCAAUGGAGGUGAUGUGAACCUGUGCAAGAUUUGGUAUCGAUUGUGUUCAGCGAUGCGAGUUUGUCCCACUUCCAUCUGAUAUUGUAGUGGCCCAGCUCUUAUAAAAUGUAUUUCUUCUUAGAAUCAAAGCUGUGAAGUACAAACCAUUACAUUUUUUACUGAUCUAGGUCAUUCAAUCACCUGAUACCAGUUACAGACGCCGCAGUUUGAACGUGCUCUAUACAUUUGAUUUUCUGGCUACCAAGAAUAUUAUUCUAGAGUGAGGCUAGGUAAUGUCAGGUAAAUCUUCCUCCAUUGGUAUUACAGCUUCACAGUGCUUGAUACCAGAAAAUUAAUUUGUUAAAAGCUCACAAAGUCAUAUGGGAAUGUUAGUGUACGGGAAGAGAAUAACAGACGCUUUAGCAAGUCGUGUCUAGCAAAAAGUAUGAAAAAUUAUGUUUACACACUGCAAAUGUACAAGGACAGGAAGUGAGAUCUCUUAAUGCAUGCCUUAGUAUGUUUAAAUUUAUAAACUGCAGAAUGUUCUUACAACAAACUGUUGAAUUUCCAAUAUCCUAGUUCAUCUGUUCGGUACUGCAAAGACAUGGGAUCGUACUUUUAAUUCUGCUUCACGAAGAGACCUUAUCACAGCUGUUCACAGGUACUGUCCUGUUCAUCUGAUGGAUCAGUUACAUUAAACACUUCGUACGUGAUCACAUCUUAGAAAUCGUGAAGUAACUUCAUUUUUAUAAUCUCCACUUGUUUUGUGAAUGUAGUUGUGAUUUUGAACAAUUUUUUAGUUCUUUGAGUUGUAUCUUAUAUUAUUUAAGAGUAUCAAUUUGGUAUUUUUCCGCAAUUUAAGGCAUUUAAAAUGCUUCCUGGAUUUACAGUAAUAAGCAACAAAAUUGUUACAUGAAAUGAUAGAUGUUAAAUUUAUUGAAUAUCUUACCACAUUAAAAUUUCAUUUCUUUUAUUUAUUUAUGUUACAGUAUGCAUGAGAUUGUCUGGUGUGUAAAAUUGCCUUCUGUGAAGGUAUAUAUAUAUGAAGGGUUUGACCUACCUGUAUCAGUUAAGUACUGACACGUGUUGAAAUAUCUCUGUUAUUUGAAUCUUAUGCAAUUAUGUAUCAAAUCAGACAUGAAGAAUUAGAUUGAAAUGAUUCUGAAGUAUUUUGUGCCAUAUUUGAAACUAAAGUUAUGUUACUGUAUAUUUAAAAUUAAAUACAAUUUUUUUUAUAAUUUAAAAAUUACACUGCUCCAGUAAUUCUUAUUUUCAUAUACAGAAAUUAAAAGUUGUCCAGUGGUUAAAAUAUGCAUUGCAAAUGUUAAUAUUUGUGAAAAAGAAUGUAAUUUUUUAUGUUAAAUUAUAAUUCUGAAAGUAACCAGAAUAAUCUUCUCUGUUUAAAGGAACAUCACGAUAUGUUAAAUAAUACAUAACCUUCUUUUGUUAAAAAUUAUGCUUUGAAAGCUAGGAUGAGUGUAUACAAAACAAGAAUAAAAUAUCAGUUCUUCUA